AUGGAUUCUCGUCGACAAGGGGGCAAAGUUCAGCGCUACAAGGAUACUCUGAAAACUUCCAUGAAGCACCUGCAGAUCAACCCGCCAAACUGGAAUGACCUCGUCAGAGACCGAUCGGCCUGGAGGAGGGCAGUGAAGACAGGAGCAGCCAUCUACGAAGCCACCCACAUAACCGCCGUCAAAGUCAAGCGCGAAGCUCAAAAAUCUCAACUGUCCGCACCUGGUACCGCUAACACUCAAGUGCUCCCAGCAUGCGAACGGAUUCACGAACAUUCCGAGCACCAAUCGGUCUUAUUGGACAUCUUCGAGACAACUGUAGCACCCGGACGACCCCUGUCUCGCCCCUUGUCAAUAAUCAACCCUAACAGUGCUCUCGAUCACCCGUUGCAGUCUUCCAGCACCUUCAUCGCCUCAUCCUCUGCUGCGAUGGCUCCUGCCCUCGUCACCAAUGAAAACAAUCCAGACGGUCAAAACCGAAUCUCACCACAGCCAACAUCGGUGAUGUGGACUCGGUCCAAACCUGUCCUCAUUGUGGCUGCAUAUUCACCACACACAUCGGCCUGGUCGGUUACUUGCGGAUCCGUGUUUGGAGCACGCGCAUACACUCGCUGCCCGCGUCUCAUAUCUCCACACAGUCCGAGCACAUGGGCGCAUGGGCCUAUCCAAGAAAGUGGAAUUAACAAGAAUGUCAAUAUAUUUAGUAUAUCUUGCACACCCAACAUUCCUAGUUCAAUAAACACUUCACCGUCCAGCACUCCCACCACCAGCCGCGCUACCACCAUCUCCACGGACUCUGACUCCCCCGACCUAUCUGCUCACACUAUCCUCGUACAUUCAUCUCUGACAUCGGCCUGGUCAGUCACCAGCGAAUUAACCGCACGGGGACUGGUAAACCAGUGCCCUCAGAACCAACCUACGCUCGCCCUAUCUACCUCCACUGUCCACACUGUCCUCGCACAUUCACUUACCGCAUGAGCCUAUUAGGCAACAUGCGCGUACACGAGAACCUGCUGUGGACCACUGUUGACUAUACCACAUCAUUACAACCCCCCCCCCCACCAGCACCUGCACCACAUAUCAACAUCACCCACCGCUACACAAUGCAAGCACUCAGUUGACACCUCGUAUGCAAGUGGGAAGUGUGCUUUUCGACGCCUUCUUUAUGUGGCUCCUCUGCUGCAUGUGUGAUCAGGGCCUGAGACGUUUACGAUGCGCCAAAGGUCGAGGCCUGGAAGGUUACUGACUGACGCCUCAGCUCAAUCCACACAGUCUACCCAUUCGUGUUAGUGUUUGUAUGGAAUGGCGGACUGGAGGGCUGAGGGUCAGGCUGCUACAGCUCCUUCUUAACGUGACCUUUCGCACUCUCAGGCAGGUGAGGUGCGUGUGUGUGUGUGUGAGUGUGUGGGUGUUGCCCUCCAAACGGGUCACGUGUUAGAUGCGCUGGACCAACACGCGGGCCACAUCGGACUCUGGCAGGCAUUAUCUGUGCGCUAUACCAAAUGCCAACAUGUGAGGGGUGCACUGGCGGACCAUGUUGUCGGCAUUCGUCGCACAACUGGACCACUGCCAACACCCCAUUGUUUUGUGGUGAAAAUCCUGGUCAUUUGUGUGUGGACCAGGGGGUGCGGAGUGGAGCGCCAAGGCGAGGAUCCGUCCGAGACAUCCACCUGCGGCCUCCCCCGUCUCUGGUCUUCUUGACUUGAUCUUGACACCGGGCUCAGGCGGGGGAGGAGGAGAGAGUGUAGGUAGAUGCUACGCAAGUCUACUGGCACUAUAAACCCCCGCGCAAGUCACCGUCUUUGCUCCACAAUGCAGUCUGUGGGGCACACGGUGGACAUCAUCGAAAUCGAUGGUCGAACUGUCGUCGUCGUCGUCGGGUGUGUAUUUUAUGAGUGGUGCCUCUCAGUCGACGUCUGCCUGGUUACACGACCUUUGAAGGGUGACGGUCCAGGCCAAUGCAGUGCUGCGUCUCGCCCUUGUGAGACCUUUGUGAGGAUUGUAUGCGUCUACUAUGCUAUGAUUCAGCAUGCUAUGACCUUCGCAUACUGGUGUACGCAGGCUGUUCUCUGGCUCCCGUUUCCCUGCUGGUAGAAGCACUUUCGCCAACAAUAGUCAUUCCAGUUUCGUUGCCUUUAUUUGAAAACAUUCAGGCCAUUCCAGGGCUUGCUCCCAGAUCCUUCCCAGAAAGCGGUUUAGUAUGGUACUCAGUCCAUUUGAAGUUGUCUGCGUUAUAAGCAUCCUGGUCUGCCAAAAGGACCUCAGGGAUUGUAUGCGUCUUCAAUGCCAUGAUUCAGCAUACUAUGGCCUUCGCAGCCUAGUGUACACUGGAGGUUCUCCGGCCCCGGUUGCCUGCUGGUAGAAGCACAUAUUUACUGGACUUGUGCGUUGUUGCCCAGCCAUUCUUCUCUUUCUGACCCGUUGUGGUGUUGCCUCAAUCCUGGUCAGGUGGUUUAUAUGGAACUAGUUUGCCCGGCCACGUGUUACUGUGACCCAGGUAAAUUCGAAAUUUCUGUUGGAUAAUCAACCUGCCUCGUCUGUUUCCACAACAGUGUCGACGGACGUGUAUGUGACUGCCUCGCGUUGAACCUUAGACAGAAUAAUAUGGUUAGAAUGGUACACGUGUUUGUUCUUGGCCGCAAUCGGUGCUGAUUUUUGAAAGUGGUCGGAAUAGUGUGAAACACCUUUUCAACCAAUUCCUGUUUUGAGGACAGUAAUUUGCCGAAGCUAGGACGUAGGGAAAUCCUUCCCGAAGUCGGAUCAGCCGGCACCGCUGCACACCAAAUUGCCAGCAAUUAGUGUUGGAAUAUCUCAGCUGAUCGGGGGUUCCGCAGCCGGACACGCAUAUUUGUAGUUAAUUUUACCGUCUGGAUUUGGCGUCGCAAAGAAGAGUAUUUCAGGCAGGCAUUUAUUUCGUCCGUCGUUGCCGAUGGAGGAAUUACAGGCAGUGUUUGCUUGAAGUCUCCUGCAAGCAGUAACAGUAAUGUCUCCAAAUGGUCGCCUGAUUCCGCGCAAAUCCUGCAGUGUUCGAUCGAGGGCCUCGAACGCUUUUUUGUUCACGGCAAAAAUCCACACCUAACGAAACAGAAUCAGAUCGGUUUGGUGAGGACAUUCCCGGUUGAUAAGGAACUUUUUUCGCGAUUUCUUACGUACAUAUCCCCAAUCAUUAUUAACGUCUCGCUGUAGAUUCCUGCUGUGAAAUUCGCAUUUGGAAUUUUCCUUACGUAGUCAACGGAAGAUAUCUGUUGGAGAUGAAGUAGAGCAGGCGGCUAGUAUGAUUGCAAUCAGUGAACGGAUUCGAUGUGGAUGGGACGUGUUGCACGCAACACUAAUGCAUACAUCCCAUUGUCAGUAGUUUUCCAAUAAAUUGCGAGCCUGGAAUGCUCUACGGAAAAUGGCGUGCGUAACGCCAUCGACAGAUUUCAAAUGCUGGAAAGACGUUGAACCGGACACAUUCACCAACACCGGCAAUCUCAGGCAUGUGAGGCGUGUGUGUGUGUGUGAGCGCCCUCCAAACGGGCCACGUGUUAGAUGCGCUGGACCAACACGGGGGCCACAUCGGACUCUGGCAGGCAUUAUCUGUGCGCAAUAACAAAUGCCAACACUUCCGGGGUGCGCUGGCGGACCCUGUUGUCGGCAUUCGUCGCACAACUGGACCACUGCCACCACCCCAUAGUUUUGUGGUUAAAAUCCUGGUCAUUUGUGUGUGGACCAGGGGGUGCGGAGUGGAGCGCCAAGGCGAGGAUCCGUCCGAGCCAUCCACCUGCGGCCUCCCCCGUCUCUGGUCUUCUUGACUUGAUCUUGACACCGGGCUCAGGCGGGGGAGGAGGAGAGAGUGUAGGUAGAUGCUACGCAAGUCUACUGGCACUAUAAACCCCUGCGCAAGUCACCGUCCCUGCUCCCACCUCUGCGGCAGCUGUGGGGCACACGGUGGACAUCAUCGAAAUCGAUGGUCGAACUGUCGUGUGUGUGUGUGUGGGGUGUAGGGGUGUCCAGCGGUGGGUUCACGUGAUGGUCGUAGUGGUCGCUCACUUGCUUGCAGGUGAGACUACGCCUAGCGUCCAUUUGCUGGCACCCAACUCUCACCUGUGGCUCCACGUAGCUGGGCUCUGCGCAGCGGCCACACUCCGGGCAACCGUCUCGACCGACGGGCUAAACCAGGUGAGAGCGCUGUGCGCUUGUGCCGCGUGCACAAUGUACAGCGGACUCCGUUGGACGGAUGGUCGGAUGAAACAUUGCGCCGGCAUCGUCGAGACGAGGCUCUGCCUGGUACGCCGUUGGAUAACUGCUGCCGGGACUGGUGUCUGCAUCGCCUUCGCUGAGACGCGCCCACCCUCGCCAACGGAGACCGCGCACUCACGGCAUAUGCGGUCGUUCUCCACUACGAACAUAAAAGUCGUGGCCCCAUAGUGGGAUUCGGUCGCGCCAACCAGGCACAUGGGCAGCCCGAUUCAGGGACGGCACUGCCUGUCCCCACGAGGGGAAGGGCCUAGAAAAGGUGACCCAAAAAAUGCUGGGCACGACGCAGUCUGCAGGCUAGCCAAGGCCGCAGAUGUCAUCGACACGGUCGAAACAAUCAAAAUCGAAACAACAACAAUACCAAUAACAACAACAACAACCAUAUUCAUUCUCCUCAUCCUACCUCUUCUACCUCUUCCUCUGCCUAUUCUUCUCCUUCGUCACCUUCCUCUCCAUCUCCUUCCCGUCGCCCCACUCGUUGUCACCAGACUGACAGGGUGAGUCCGCUCACUCUGUCAGCCUGGAAUGUUCGUUCCCUUUUAGACAAUCCAAGGAGCAGCCGACCGAAACGGAGGACGGUGCUAGUGGCACGAGAACUGGCGCGCUACAAGGUGGACAUCCCCGCACUCAGCGAGACCCGAUUCUCCGAACAAGGCCAACUGGAGGAGGUGGGUGCCGGUUACACCUUCUUCUGGAGCGGUCGACCCAAGGCAGAGCGACGAGACACGGGUGUCGCCUUCGCCAUCCGGAACAACAUCGUGGGACGACUGCCCUGUCUGCCGCAGGGAAUCAACGAUCGCCUGAUGAGCCUCCGUCUGCCUCUCCGGCGGGGGUGGGGCAAAUUCGCCACCAUCAUCAGCGCCUACGCUCCGCCGAUGAGCUGCCCCGACGCCGCCGCAAGAGACAAAUUCUACGAGGAUCUGCACGCCCUCUUGGCGACUGUGUCGAAGGCGGACAAGUUGAUCGUCCUUGGCGGGACGUGCUAGUGACGAAGGCGAUCGCGGGUGCUGACGGGUGGACCGACUAUCGCCUCGUCAUCUCGAAGAUGCGUAUUCGCCUACAGCCUCGCAGAAGACCACAAGGUAAGCGACCCCCAGGUAAGCUGAAUGUUGCCUUGUUGUCUUUGCCCGCUCACCAUCUUCAUUUCAGCAAUGAGCUAGCUCAAAGGCUAGACAACCUUCCCAUCGCCGAUGCCGCCGCUGCCGAGAACGCCUCCGUGGAGAACCGCUGGUGUCAACUGCGAGACACGGUCCAGUCGACGGCGCUCGCCGUCCUCGGUCGCGCUCCCCGUCAACACCAGGACUGGUUCGACGACAACGACGCCGCCAUCAGAAAUCUGCUUGCUGAGAAGAACCGCCUACAUAAAGCCUACGUAGAUCACCCCACUGAAGAGAACAAAGUUGACUUCUACCGCAGUCGCCGACAGCUUCUGCAACGACUGCGCGAGAUGCAGGACGCCUGGACUGCUCGCAAAGCUGAGGAGAUCCAAGGGUACGCGGACCGCAACGAAUGGAAGAACUUCUUCUCUGCGAUCAAAACUGUCUACGGUCCGCCGACGAAGGGCACUGCUCCUCUCCUCAGCGCCGACGGCAGCACUGUCCUGACUGAGAAGACGCAAAUACUUCAGCGAUGGGCCGAGCAUUUCCGAGGCGUCCUCAACCGCCCUUCCGCCAUCUCCGACGCGGCCAUCGAGCGUUUGCCGCAAGUGGAGACAAACGCGGACCUCGACCUCCCGCCAUCUCUCCAGGAAACCAUCAGGGCCGUGCAGCAGCUCUCCAGCCGGAAAGCACCCGGAUCGGACGCAAUCGCUGCUGAUCUUUGCCGCCCGUCAACUUCAGGAGAAGUGUCAGGAGAUGCGGACCCACCUGUACUCUACCUUCGUGGACCUGACGAAAGCCUUCGACACGGUGAAUCGUGA